GUUCUUAACUUCUCCUUUUAAACCGCGCACGUGUUUCCACUCAACAUUCUACAAAUGGCUCCCUCACGCACAUCUCUGGGUGCGCCCACAGUAUCCCAUAGCCUCACGAAAGAGCAAUUAGCAACUUUCGACCGUGAUGGCUACCUCAUCGUCCCUGACGCUCUUGACUCUCAAACGGUUUCUUCCUUGCUCAAGGAGACACAUUCCUUGCUAGACAGUUUCCCUCUGGACGACCACCCAAUGACCAAAUUCUCUACCGGUGAGGGCAGUGAACACGUAGGAGACGACUACUUUCUCGAUAGUGGCGACAAGGUCAGGUUCUUCUUUGAAGAAGAUGCAUUCAAUUCCACCGGCGCUCUCACAAAACCGAAGUCUCUUGCAAUAAACAAGAUAGGUCAUUAUUUACACGCUCUCAGCCCGCCUUUUGCGUCUCUCCUCGUUCCAAGCUCAACGCACUCCCCAUCCGCAAUUGCUCGCGAUCUUGGCUUUCGAGAUCCCCGCUGUCUUCAAAGCAUGGUUAUCUGCAAGCAGCCUGAAAUCGGAGGUGCCGUACCCCCGCACCAAGAUUCAACGUUCUUGUACACAGAUCCCCCUAGCGCAGUGGGCUUCUGGUACGCCUUGGAGGAUGCCACAGUGGAGAAUGGAUGCUUGAGUUUCCUGCCUGGAAGCCAUAAGAAAGCUGAAAUUGAGAAGCGGUUUGUUAGAAAGCGGGAAGGUGGUGGUACUGAAUUUGUGGAUAAUGAAGGAGCGAGAUUUCCGCCCGGCAAGGGGUUUGGGGGUGGAGACGUAGAGGGAGAGUAUAAGUUGGGGGAGGUCAAGGCUGGGACACUGGUGUUGAUUCAUGGGAAUUUGCUUCAUAAGAGUGAGAAGAAUGUCAGUAAGAAGGGACGGAUUAUUUACACUUUCCAUGUUAUUGAAGGGGAAGGGGCGAAGUAUGAUGAGAUGAAUUGGCUGCAGCCGCCGAAGGAGGGGUUUACGAAGUUAUGAGCAGGUCUUUUGAGGACAAGGGGUUGUAUGACGAGUUUUGAUACAAUAGCAACCUCAUGGGCUCUACUCCAAAUCCUCUAUGGCGACCCCACAACCAAUCGAUUGAUCCCAC